AUGAGCAAAUCUAGUACGGCGAUCCUCCUUCUAAUAAUCUCCGGUUUUUGUAAAGGAGAAGAAGAGCUGCGAGGCUGGCUGCCAGAGUUUUGUGUUUUCGCCGAGCAAAAGUGUCCCAAUUCGCGGGUUUCCUUUUGGCUUUAUACCAACCAAACACGCAAUAAUCCCCAUCAAUUGGAUCCUUUAAAUCUGCAAAAGGAGCUCUUUGAGCCUCGACUGCCAUUGAAAAUACUCAUUCAUGGGUUUAUAGGAAACAGGAAUUUGACACCCAACUUGGAGGUCAGGGAUGUGCUUCUCCAAACUCAGCCUGUAAAUGUGAUAUCGGUGGAUUAUGAGACUCUGGUGCGGUGGCCCUGUUAUUAUCCUUGGGCCGUGAAUAAUGCCCCCAUUGUCUCCGAGUGUCUGGCCCAAAUGAUAAACAAUCUAAUCUCAGCCGGCAUCAGUAGACGUGAGGAUAUCCACUUGAUAGGCUUCAGUUUGGGUGCCCAAGUUGCUGGAAUGGUGGCCAAUUAUGUGAGCCAACCUCUGGCCAGGAUUACGGGUCUGGAUCCUGCGGGUCCCGGUUUUAUGAUGCAGACUUCGCUGCAGCAAAAGCUGGAUGCCAGCGAUGCGGAUUUCGUGGACAUCAUACACACUGAUCCGUUCUUCUUCUCCAUGCUGCCGCCCAUGGGUCAUGCGGAUUUCUAUCCCAAUCUUGACCAGCUGAACCAGCGAGGAUGCAGUUACAUCAGCAACUGGAGAUUUUACAAUUGUAAUCAUUAUAGGGCAGCCGUCUACUAUGGAGAGUCCAUAGUCUCGGGGAGGGGUUUUUGGGCCCAGCAGUGCGGCGGUUGGUUCGACUUCUUCACGCAGCGUUGCAGCCACUACUCCAAUAUGCCCAACACUCAGAUGGGCUACUUUGUCGCGGAUAAUGCCACGGGAUCAUAUUUUCUCACUACCCAUGAGGUUUCUCCAUUUGCUAAAGGACCUCUUGUUGAAGUCGAAUUUGAUGUUUCGGAGUUUCGUAAAUUAACGGAACUAGCAUUAAGUUGA